UAAGCACCUUCUCCCACCCCUCGGUAUCGCCAAGCGAUUCGUGUAAAAAGGCGCAAGAGUUGUUCUCUCACAAUUUCUUCAUCUCCGUCAGGUUAUGAUCAAAUGCGCUCAACAAUUCGCCAUAUUGUUUGAUCUUUUUUUUUUAAUUUCACGGCCGCGCAUGCCUGGAGCGCAGUGGGAAAUUUGGAUUUGAAUUUUCGAGAAAAACGGCCUUUUGAUAUUUUUUCGUAACAUCAACAGUUUUUCAGUGAGUAAUGGAGAGCACUGCAGCAUCAAUUUUAACGAGAGCUGUGGAGAUGGACAAGAAAGAACAAUACACCCUUGCACUAGUGCUGUAUCAGGAGGGCCUGCAAAUCCUAGUGGAUUCGAUGAAAGGUUUAAAGGACGAAAAGAAGAAGAAGCACUUCUCGGCUAGGAUAGAACAGUACUUCAAAAGAGCGGAAGAUCUGAAGGAGUUGAUACGAAAGAGGAAAGCCGAGGGAAAAUACAGGGAGCAGAUGAAAAUAGAGGCAGGUAGCGUCGGUCACGGGUAUAGGAGUCUCUUCGGAAGAUUCCUGGAUGACACCGUGACGCAUGUCCACAUCGAGGAUCCGUACGUCAGAGCUUAUCACCAGUGUUUAAAUUUGGUAAGAUUGUGCGAAUUAGCUGUUCAGAGGUGUAAGUCCCUGUCAAGAGUUUCUCUACUCACCACUCAGGACCCGGAGGAUGGAAAAAAUCAAGUGAAGAGAUUGGAAGAAUUGCGAUCGAAUUUGGCGACUCGAUUAGUGACAUUUGAAGUCAAAUUUUCAGAUACACUCCACGACAGACAAAUAUCGCUAAGCAACGGUUGGGUAAUAAAAAUUGGACGAGGUCUAGACUACUUCAAAGCUCCAGAGGGUAAAUUCGUCCUGGGAGCGUGUGACAUGGAGUUGCGACCGUGUCUCGAAACCACAGUUGAUAUUUUUCAUACAAGCCACCUGGAAAGACCACUGUGAAUUUCCCUCCAAUGGUGUUUAGAAUAAUUUUUUUAUUUUACAAGAUUUAAUUAUGGCACUAAACAAUUGUUACAAUAAUUAAGCCUAUGUACACUGCUGAUCGAAUAGAAUUCAAAAAAUCUAUUUUUCCACGAAAUGACUCGAUUUAUUCAUCCCAGACUCACAUUUCCGAAAAGUACGUCCUUGUCCUCCAUGACCCGAAAAAAUACUCCGUAAUUAACUCUCUCAUUC